AUGCUCCGCCAAGAGGCUGAGUCAAGCACGUCACCCAGAGGGAGCGAAGUGUUGUUGAACUCAUCAGCACGUAUGAGACCUGUAGCGGGAGAGAAGGAUCCACCAUCAUAUGGCGCACAGCACCGCCAGGAUGCUCUUUGGGAAGGCGGGAAUGGAGUGCUCCCUCCUCGAUGGCAUCAGUACAAAGUGCCGGAUGGUAGAACACAUUAUCAAGACGACACGCUGGUUAUGGCUUCAUCAAACCGACCUUUACCAGGAGUGCGACUAGACUAUCUUCAACUCGUCCCUGGAUGCGAAUGGCACAUCUCACCACUCGGUCGGUCCUAUUUCGUCAACCACAACACUCGGACCACGUCAUGGAAGAAAUCAGCACCAGAACGUCCAGCAGGGAGCUUGAUGCCGGAGUGCAUCAUUGAAGGUCACUCCCACUGCAUAUCGAGCCUUGCUUGCUUGCGCACCACUUGCAACAUACUGAGCGCUUCCGAGGACUGUUCGAUUCGCCAGUGGGAAAGAGAUGGAGAGCCGGCGGGAAAGCCUUUGGAUAGCCACGGGGCACAGGUGUGCUCGAUGGCUGUAUCUCCGGAUGAAACAAUGGUUGCGAGCGGAAGUCCAGACGGCAAAAUACGGCUGUGGAACAUAAAGAAGGGCAGUAUGGUUGGCGAUCCAUGGGAGGGACACUAUAAUCAAGUGAUGUGCCUCGAUUGGUCUCCCAAUUCCCUGGAGAUUGCAAGUGGAUCAGAAGACGGCACCAUACGACGCUGGAAUCCGGAUACUGGUCGACAAAUAGCACCACCAAUAGAGACCGGUCAUGGCUGGGUGAAUGCUGUCCAAUACUCUCCACAAGGCGACACAUUCACGAGCGGUGGGGAGGACGAGAUGAUCAGUGUGUGGUCAAAGGAUGGACAGUUGCUCAUCAAGAUCAAGGGGCAUGAGUCCCCGGUGACGUCGUUGUGUUGGUCCAAGGAAGGCCUAUACAUAUUCUCCGCAUCAGUCGAUUAUACCAUUCGCAAAUGGCGGUCGAUUGAUGGGGAAGAACUCAUCGUUCUUCGUGGCCAUACCAAUACCGUCAGAUCCAUUUGUCUGUCACCUAAUAAAAGCCAUCUUGUUAGUGCAUCAGCAGACUACACUGUUCGCAUCUGGGACCUCAAGACGAACCAGCAAGUCGGAGAUCCACUUUUGCAUGACGACGAACUCUUGGCUGUUGUCAUCUCCCCCGAUGGAAAAUACAUUGUUAGUGCUGGAUUAGAUGCAAAGAUCUAUGUAUGGAGCGUGGAGGCAGCGCUCAAACAGCAGGGUGCUAAUGCAAAGACCGAUGCGAAGCUCAAGGCAACCCAACCGAAACAUCAAGCCAAUACCAGAGGUUCGGCGAGAUAUGUUGGUGGAAAUGAUUUCUUCGGCAACGAUACAAACCACACGCCUCAUUACGCUCUAUCUGGGAGCCCAUCGUCUCUCAUUCGUUGGCGCCAUUUACUCGGUCCCAUUCAUUUCGGUACUCGACCUGCAGAUGCUCUUCGACCAAUACCACGCCAGCCCCGACAAUGGAAUUUUAACUUAUUUCCUCGAGGAACCUCCAGCGACAUCAUCGAUGUAGCUCCUAGUCGCAAGAAAAAUAGAAUUGCCAUCGCCCCUCCCACCAAGGCGGAAUUAGAUGCAGCUAUGCAACGUGCGAACGGCAACGAGGCCAACAGUUCAAUACGACCAGGCCAACUUGCGCCGGGGGCACAAGGGUCUCAAGAACGACCAGCACAAAAUCAAACUCAAACUCAAGGCUUAACUGGCGGAACGGGAGAUGUUUCCUACGAAGUUAACUGCUGUGGACUCUUAUUUAGUUGUCGUCGUCCCACUCCGCUAGCGCUCCUCCUUUCAGAGUCAAAAUUCACCAUCGCAACCCUCACCUGUGCACUCGGAUCUAGCGUCCCCUUUCUCCUCAUGUACCUCCCUCCCCCUCCGUCAAUUUCUUCACAUUCACGUGUUGAAGCCACUGUCGGAGAAGUCGGUUCUGCUUUCUGGAACCCUGCUCUUGGCGGUGCGCAAGGUCUUCUUCGCGGGAAACUUGAUAUUUGA